AUGUCCGGCGUUCCGCGGAGGUUCUGGGGUUCACCGAUUCGGUACCUGCGGUGGGCGGCGCACGAGAAGCCAGCGAUUUUCUGGAGCAUAGUCAUUGGAGGGACGGGCCCGGCAUCAUUUGCGUUCAUUCCGCCGUUGAGGAGAUACUUUGGCGAUGUGGAUCCUGCGAGGAUUCCGUUGACUUAUCCUGUGCCCAGAGGCCCCCGGAAGAUUCCUGAAGGCUUCGACGAUCCAGAAUAG